GCCGUUAUUCUUUCCUUUUUGUGUUUUUUUGUCCGAGAAAAAAGAAGAGGAAAGUAAAGAAAAAAAAUGGUUCCGUCUUCUUCGCUGCCGCCACCGGCUGUUAUGUGGCUAUUCUUUUGGGCACUGAUAAUUUCACCGGCGGCGUCUCUUACAUGCUCCUCCCAGAAGUUCACCCAAAACCAUGUGUACCCUAACUGCCUCGACCUUCCUUCUCUGUCAUCUUACCUCCACUUCUCUUACGAUUCCACCAACACCACUCUCUCCGUCGCCUUCGUCGCCACUCCUUCCAAAUCAGGCGGGUGGAUCGCGUGGGCCAUAAACCCGAAGGCCACCGGCAUGGCGGGUUCACAAUCCAUCGUCGCCUACAAAAACACUUCCACCGGCGCCGCCCAGGUCCUUACCUUUGACGUCGCCUCGUACAGUUCGAUUUUGCCCAAGGAUCUGUCGUUCGAGGUUUGGGAUAAGAAGGCGGAGAGUAGAAGCGACGGGAGUUUGGCGAUUUUUGCUAAAAUUAAGGUGCCGGCAGAUUUAGCGGCCAGUGGGAGGAUUAAUCAGGUCUGGCAAGUGGGUCCCGGCGUAGGAGCCGAUGGCAUGCUGGAGAAACACGACUUCGUCGCCGCUAAUUUGCAAGCUAAAGGAACCUUAGAUUUGAAAGGUGGACAGAGUACCACUGGUUCCGGAGGAAACGACAAGCUUAAGAAGAAAAAUAUUCAUGGAGUUCUAAAUGCUGUGAGUUGGGGAAUUUUGUUUCCGCUCGGGGCAAUGAUUGCACGCUACAUAAGAACAUUUGAAUCUGCAGAUCCAGCCUGGUUUUAUCUUCAUGCCUUCUGUCAAGUAUCAGCUUAUGCCAUAGGAGUUGCUGGCUGGGCAACUGGCCUUAAGCUUGGCAGUGAAUCCUCAGGGAUUACAUAUUCAACUCAUAGAAACAUUGGAAUUGCCCUCUUUGUUCUUGCUACUGUGCAGAUUUUCGCCUUGUUCGUAAGGCCAAAGAAGGAUCACAAGUAUCGAUUAUACUGGAACAUUUACCACCACAGCUUCGGGUACGCCAUCCUCGUCCUCGGCAUCAUCAACGUGUUCAAGGGUCUCAACAUCUUGAGUCCUGAACAUAAAUGGAAAACAGCUUACAUGAUCGUGAUCAUUGCCUUGGGAGCGAUUUCCUUGCUCUUGGAAGCCAUUACUUGGGCGGUAGUUUUUAAGAGAAGAUCCCAGAAAUCCACCAAACCCUAUGAUGGAUACAACGAUGGCAAUUGAUUCUUGUUCAUGUUGCGAUGCUAUUUAUUUCCGGAUCACUUAUAUUUGUUUUUCAGUCACUUGUAUAAUUUUGCUUGGUUCCGCUUCUUGUUCUUGUCAGUUGAGAAUCGGUAUAUAUAAAUAUAUAUAGUAGCAUA